UCGAAAAUGAAGAACGUGGAAUGUCUGUCUGACGAUAAAGAACAUUGUUUCUGGUGCGUUUUCAACUUGGACUAUAUUAUCUAUGGAAUAUUAACAAUAGCCUUAAUAAUAUUGUUCGUGUAUUUCAUGGUGAUCACUUAGGAUGAAGCUUCAGAAUUCAGACUGUUACUAUGAAAUAAUCACGCGAGACUAUGGAAAACCGAAACAUAAACAACGCUCCGCAUGAAGAUGUCGCGAAAGGGCUCAAUUCACCCGAAAUACGAUCGAACAAAAACAUACCUUAUGUCGAUGAGUUCGUCGAACUAGAGCACGUCAAAGCCAAUGAACCAAUGCGACCAAAACGACUCAGAGACGUAGAAAAAAAUGAUGUAGAGGCAUUUGAUGUAAAAGAAGAUAGAAAAAUUCAUGCGUCAGACUUAGGUGCAGUUCAUUCUCCAAAUAGUGAUACAAUAGUUGUAGACACGCCCGAAGGAACGCUUUAUAUAACACUUGAUCCAGAAUCUUCUAAAUCGUCAAAACCUACAAGUCCAAGUACCCAAUCUACUGAUAUAUCUGAGACAACACCUAAUACGCCUAAAGCAUUUGGAGCUCUGGAAUCAGAAGAUUUGAUAACAGUGGAAAGAGAAGUAGAGCAACGAAGAACGAGUUUAAGAAGGAAUUCAAUAUCAAUGCCGACUCUGCCAAACAUGGAAUUGCUGAAGCAGGAGUACAUGAGGAACACACAAGAUCAGAUCCCUGAACAUCACCAAAGUUCAGCGUCCGUCUUCAGUGAUGGCGAUACACCUGCGGAUGACUCCAACGUACUGUCAGACGAAGAACGCACCAAAGUACCUCUUAGAUCACCUCGUCGUAAAUCAACAGCACCUCGAAGAUUCAGAUCAGAAUUCAGCAUGGAUGACGACGAGUACUCCCCAAGUAACUCGGUGACCAGCGUAAACUCGCUAGCUAGCUUGUUGAAGGAAAAAUUACAGAGCAUCCCGCAGAAGAUAAGAAAGAAACCCACCGAUUACAAGCUUCGAGCUUUCGUUGGUCUCAUGUUCCUCGCUAUCGUAUUCUUCGUUGGCUUCGCGUACGUCCUCUACCACCAGCAGGCUCUCACCAAGGCGUACUUCCAAAACAUACAGUUCAACGAACCGAAACGACUCAUCAGGGUUUUCAAUAAGGACGACGUGGAAAUCUUGAAAGCUAGCUUGGCUGUCGGUAUUCAAGGCAAGCAAAAAGCAUUUCCCUGUCUCCCUGAACAUCGUCGAUCUGAUGGGUCAGAAUGUUUGGAAUGGCUUCACAAUCUACGUUUCUAUUUAAAAUGUCUUCCCCAUGACCCUGGCGUUGAUAAUACCACUUGCUAUUCUGUUCAUUGGAAAGCUUUAAAACCAGAUGUCACACCAAACGACUGCUUCGAUUGGAGCGAUACAAAGGUACACUGGUUCGGUGCCGGUCAAUCAAUCAACCUCACGUGGCCACUUAACACUGGAACCAUUGACUAUACACCAUUUAUAACUGGUGAUAUGCAAAAAUCUCAAUGGGGUAAUGUACUAACACGGUACUUGAUUAACUCCAAAGGUGCUGCCAUAAUUAUUGAUGAAGAAACUCCAUUGCACAUUUCUGUUAAUAAAGGAAGAAAAGAAAUAUGUCUUAAAGCUCAAUUUGACGAUUUUGCUUUUGCCAAUAGACUUACAGAAUUUCCUGAAAUGAAAUACAAUAUAUGUACGUCUAGAGAUAUGAAAUCGUUGCACACAUCCAUUCAUAGUCACAGACGAGCUCCAUUAUGGGAUGGACUGAAACCAGCUGAUAUGAAAACAUUGGAAUCUUUAAUAUCUGAACCAGUAUGGCAGAUUGCGCCUCGAUUUAGACACGAAUUGCAGGACGAGACAAUUUCAAAAUACACAGAAGACGUAAUCAAUUUAGGUUUUCUAAAACAAGGUCAUGUAUUAAUAAACGAAUUUUGGCAAGACGAAAUUGGUGAUCUCACUGUGGAUGCGAGUCGAUUCGCAACUUUAAAUGUAACCGUGGACAAACUUCACAGACGAGGGUUCAAAGUAGCAUUUACUAUUCAACCAUUUAUAAGUACAGAGAGUAAAAACUUCGCUGAGACUGUGCAAAAGAGACUGCUUGUUAGUGAAAGAAACAGCGAUAGACGUAUACCAGCUUUAACUAGAUUUAAAACAUCAGCUAGUGCUGGUGUUUUAGACAUCACAAACGAAAGAUCUGUCCCUUGGAUAUUAAAUAAACUUCAAGCUGUUAUAGAUGAAUACCAUAUAGAUUCAUUUUAUUUUGAUCUCGGGACCGCAUAUGACAUGCCUCAUUACUACCGCUGUGAGAAGCAAUUAAUUAACCCUGAUCAUUACAAAACAGUUUUCACUAGAACUUUUGAAAAAACAUUAAACAUAAUCGGAGUCUCUUCAGCUGUUAGUUUGCCUAGGCCUCCUACAUUUGUCUCUUUACCUCCAUUCGAAUCAACUUGGGAAGCGUUGAGACGAGUUAUUCCGACGAUGUUAACGUAUGGUGUAAAUGGAUUUCCUUUUACAAUGCCAGGAGCUGUUGGUGGUGAUAUAUACUGGCCUGGUAGUGAACAGUUUCUACCUUCUUCUAAAGGAGCGGUGGAAUCGAAUUCAAACACCACACAAGAUAAUGGUAUUGCAUUACCAGAAAGAGAGCUCUACAUGAGAUGGCUACAAAUGGCUACAUUUUUACCAGUUAUGAAGUUCACACAUCUUCCUAGCAAAUACAACGAUGAAAGAGUUCUAGAAAUGGCGAAAAACUUGACGUUAUUAAGACAAAAACUUGUAACUCCCCUCCUGCUGAAGUACAAGCGGGAAGCACUAGAGGAGGGCUUGCCAUUGGUGCGUCCGCUGUGGUUGGUGGCAGACGGAGACGCGCCGCUAUUGGUACAAGACGAGUUCGCGAUCGGUGACGAGAUCGUCGUGGCACCUGUACUGAGACAGGGAGAAACUACCAGAGAAGUUUAUCUCCCAGCAGGACUUUGGCAAGAUGGCAUCGACGGUUCUUUACGUAAGGGAAACAGAUGGAUGCACGAAUACAAAGUUCCAACAGAACGUGUCGCGUACUUCCUGAGAAAACCAGAUGAUUUGCGUUUCAAAUGAAAACUUAAAUUCUAAAAGACGAGAAGAAUAUGUAUAUUGCCAAAUAAUUUUUUAAACGAGUUGUAUUACGCUAUUUGCGAUAAGUUUCACCAAGCAUUCUAAGAUUUUGAUGAACAUUAUCAAACACAUAAAAAGGUGGUGUAAAACAGCCGCAAUUUAAGUCAUAACUAUCAUUACAAACUUUAGAUUUUUCAUCACUAGAUUUAAGAAACGUUGAUCUGUAGUA